AUGACCAAACUUUCUUUCGAAAACGUCGGAGAGUUCUCCGAGGCCCGAGCCAACGAGCUCUUCGAGUCUCACAAGAAGUACUUGGAAUGGAGAAAGACCGAAUGGGCCACUCGUGGCACGGAGGCUCUUGCCAAGCGUCAGGCUGCUCGUGCUGCCAACCACAAGACCUGGCGUCAAAUGAAGGGCUUCGAUCUCAUGAGACACGAAAUGAACCAUGCUGGAAACAAGCCUUUUGUGAUUGGAAUGGCCGUCAUGAGUGGAGUUUACUUGUGGGCCUUUACUUCCCAAUCUGCUGAAACUCGUGCUGGCUCGGAGUACUGGACCAAGUACCACAUGAAGAAGUAA